AUGGUCAAAACUUUUCAAGCUUAUUUACCCUCUUGCCAUCGCACUUACUCGUGCAUACACUGCCGUGCUCACCUCGCUAAUCACGAUGAACUCAUCUCAAAGUCCUUCCAAGGUAGCCAAGGUCGUGCCUAUCUCUUCAAUUCCGUGGUUAAUGUUGGUUGCGGUCCUGCUGAAGAGCGAGUCCUGCUAACAGGUCUUCAUGCUGUCGCAGAUAUUUAUUGCGAAUGUUGUAAAACUACUCUCGGUUGGAAAUAUGAGCAUGCGUUUGAAUCGAGUCAAAAAUACAAGGAGGGUAAGUUUAUAAUUGAGUUGGCUCAUAUGAUCAAGGAAAAUGGAUGGGAAUGA